AUGACACUCGCCUGCUCAGCAGCCAAACCCGCACAGGCACUAGCAAUCCUCGAAACGGGCGCAGUGGAAAACUUUAACCUCCACGACGCCGAUCUGGCCUUCAUGUGCGCCUCGAAUAGCAGCAAGGAGCGCCAUAUCGCUCGUACCCGGAGUAUGUUACUGAAAGUCUCGACUCCCGAGGAUGAUCUCCGCUGCGGUGGACAUCCUCCUCUCUCGGAGAUUGUGCAGCGCGCUUAG